AUGACUCGGAUUAACAUAACAUUUAAGAGACCUGUUAAUCGAGAAUACGAAACUGUCAUGGCAGCCUCCAUGAACUCAGUUUCACUGAAAAGUCGCAGUAUUUUAACGAUUUAUCGCCAGCUCAAGAUUUGUAGACGAUGUCUGUCAUCUACUUCAAUACGGAAUAAAGGACUGGUAAUUGGGGUCUACAAAGAUGACAAGAAAGACGAUAUCACCUUCACUCCGGGAGCUCAAUAUUUUGAUAACCAAACUGGUGGAAAAAUUAAACAGGCUCUGAAAGUAUGUGGUAAGAAAUUAAAGACUGGUAAAAAUCGUGUGUUAUAUGAUAUUAAUGAUGAGUAUACUUCAGUAGCUGUUGUAAAUCUCGGUAAACAUGGUGUGAAAUUUAACAAACAUGAAGAGUUGGAGGAGGGAAAGGAGAAUAUACGAGCUGCAGUGGCAGGUGGUGUAUCUGUAUUGAGAGAUGUAGGAGAGGAACAAGUUCAGGUUGAUCCUUGUGGAGAUGCCAGAGCGGCGGCAGAAGGAAGUGUAUUAAAACUCUUCAGCUAUGAUGAUUUAAAGGGGAAAGAUAAUAAAAAAGAUAAAAUGAAAGUAGAUCUAUAUUCUGUAGAGGAGAAUAGUGAUAAUCAGGAGAGCUGGAAGAAAGGAGUUAUAUUAGGAAACAGUCAGAACUUCGCACGGUUAUUGAUGGAGACACCAGCUAAUAAAAUGACACCCAGUAUAUUUGCCAAUACUGUUCAAAAUAGACUGGGAACUGAGAGUGGAGUUUCUGUCCAAAUAAGAGAUAAAUAUUGGGCUGAAUCUAAGAAAAUGGAUGCGUUUUUAUCAGUCAGUCAAGGAUCAGACCAACCCCCUGUUUUUCUAGAGAUAGACUAUAAUGGAGGCAAGGAGGGGACAACACCUGUAGCCUUAGUUGGUAAAGGGGUUACAUUUGAUAGUGGGGGAAUAUCUAUCAAGCCUUCUCAAGAUAUGGAUAAAAUGAGAGGAGAUAUGGGUGGGGCAGCAUGUGUAGCAGGAACUCUGCUAGCUGCUGCCAAACUUAAAUUACCCAUUAAUAUCAAAGCGUUUAUACCACUAUGUGAGAAUCUAAUCAAUGGAAGAGCAACGAAACCUGGUGAUGUAGUUACUGCUAUGAAUGGAAAAACUAUACAGAUUGAUAAUACUGAUGCUGAAGGCAGGCUGAUAUUAGCUGAUGCCCUGACAUAUGCUGAUAGUUUUAAUCCUAGUUUAAUAUUAGAUAUGGCUACUUUAACUGGUGCUGUAGAUGUAGCUUUAGGUUCAGCCUGUACUGGUGUUUAUACAGACUCUACACAUCAUUGGAACCUCCUACAUCAGGCUGGUGGUAAAACUGGAGAUAGAGUAUGGAGAAUGCCAUUAUUUAAACACUACUCUAGCCAAGUUACAACUAGUGAUUUAGCUGAUGUCAAUAAUAUAGGUAAAUACAGCAGGUCUGGUGGAUCCUGUACGGCUGCAGCUUUCUUAAAGGAGUUUGUAGAAAAUAAGAACUGGUUACAUUUAGAUAUUGCUGGUGUCAUGAUGAAUAAAGAUGAAGUGGCCUAUCUUGGGAAAGGAAUGUCUGGUCGACCAACUAGAACUAUUGUAGAAUUUCUUUCUUUAUUGUCACAAAAUAAAUAAUCAAAAUAGACAUUUUUAUCGACCAGUUUACUACGUCUAUGAUUUUGAGCUUUUCUUAAGAAUGAUCUUAGGCUGGACCUUUUAAUUUUUACUAUUCUGAUGCAAACAGUUCUUUACUUGUGUCAGAAAAGUUGUUUGAAAAGGAAGUGGGCUAAAACCCCACCCUCAAACCCAUAUUUUUAAUCAAAUAUCAUAACAAGCAUUCAUUUGAUAUCUUAAUGAACGCUUCCCUUAGAUACAUAUUUGUAUUUCAUACAGAAUGUCAUCAUUGAACAAAUAGGAUUUUAAGUAUAGAGAUAACAUUUGUUUUGAUAUAAUUGUUCAUGUUGUACUAUUAAAGAUUUUAUAAAAGAUAUGAUAUCAAACCCAAUC